CAAGAUGGCACCGUCCGUGUAUAAGUACCCGGAAAGAAAACAUCCAAGAAUCUAAACAAUAACUUUACAGAUUUAUUAUAUUUCUGUGAUUAGGCAAGGAUAAACUAAUACAUCGAACAAUGAGCAUCAAAGCAUUCGAACUUGUCUCCGCAAUAGAGCGGGUAAAGCUUAUGUCGGAUAAAGCUAAAACACAGAUUGAAUGUCUCGAUGUGUGUGGUAAAAAUAUGUACAUAGGAACCAGUGAUUGUUUUGUUGUCCACUACAGUAUUGAGGAAAAGACACAGGCCAAUGGAAGAGUUACUUUUGUCACAGAAAAGCAGGGUCACAAAUUUUUAGUUGUGAAAAAACCAGUAGUACAGCUGAGGGCUGCCUCUGCGCUAAAUAGAAUUAUGGUGUUGUGUGAUAACACGUUGACUUUGUUAAACAUGUUUGAUUUAGAGCCAAUUGUGACUGGAGCAAAAAUUAAAGGUGUUGUGUGUUUUUGUAUUAAUGAAAACCCAGUGAGGACGAACCCUUUCAGUGUAGAGAUCUGUGUGGCUUUAAAGAAAAAGUUGAUCCAGUUGUACACAGUAACAGAAGACAGACUAAUGCAUUUGAGGGAUGUUUCUGUUCCAGAACAGCCUUUGUUAGUGGGAGUCGAUGGAGUGUUUGUCUGUGCUGCCUUGUCUUCCCAGUAUUGUAUGAUAGACAUGGAUAAUGGACACAUUACUGACCUGUUUCCUAUAGACUCGGAUCAAAUCCAUCCCAUAAUAAAGCGUAUUAGCAAGGAAGAAUUUUUGUUGAGUGGCCCGAGUGCUCUAGGAAUAUUUGCUACAUCAGCUGGUGUGUCCCAGCGCCCACCCAUGCAGUGGUCAGAUGGUCUCACAGCGGUCAGUUUUGUACAUCCUUACAUCCUAGCAAUGAAUGAUGAAUUCAUUACAGUUCAUAGUAUAUUAGACCAGCAACAGAAACAAGCCAUCCCUUUUCAAGGAGGAGUCUACCUAGGUGACUUUGAUGGGAGGAUUUUUGUCGCUUCUAGUAGAGAAAUUUACUCAUUAGUCCCUAUACCUUUUGAGAAACAGAUCCAAGCACUUUUGGCAGACAAACGAGUAACUGAAGCUUUGGAACUUGCCAAAAAUGCUAACAAGACGGGAAUGACAAGAGACAAGUUUCUUAAGAUGUUCAAAAGAAUCCAACAACAGGCAGCUUUCAUAGAAUUUUCUAGACAACAGUUUGACGAGGCCAGUCAGUUAUUUAAAGACAGUGCUAUUGAUGUCAGAGAGGUGAUCUGUUUAUACCCUCACUACCUUCCUUCAAAUGUCAACUUCACCCGGUCAGUGCCUCCCCUACAUGAAAUAGCAGACAUCAACCAAUUGUCCAAGGCUGAUGAGAAAAUCAAGACAGAAUACAAGGAUUUCUUAAAGACAUUCUUAGAAGAUAUUAGAGGCACCAGCUUGACUCAUGGCUACAAAAGGGAAGUAGAUGUGACUUUACUUAAAUUGUAUGCUGAGUCUGAACCAGAGAGGUUAUCAGAGCUUAUAGCUGGGGAUAAUGGCUGCGAUCUGAACGACUGUGUUGAGUGGUUAGAAAAACAUGAGAGGUUGCAUGCUCUAGGUUUGCUGUAUCAGCGACAUGGUGAAUGUGAUAAGGCUCUGAGUGUGUGGACGAGGCUUGUUGACAGUAAAACAAAUGACCCAACUUUCCCAGGAUUAGAAUUUGUGGUGGAAUUUUUGUCCAGUUUGGCAGAUCAUGAGUUGUUAUGGAAAUAUGUAGAUUGGGUGCUCGAGAAAGAUGAGGAGCUUGGUGUUAAGAUUUUCACAGACAGACCAAAUAAUGAAGCCCAGUCUGAAAGACUCAGACCUGAGACAGUUGUUGAUUAUCUUCAUAGGUUUCCCAAAGCUGUCAUUACAUAUUUAGAGUAUUUAAUUUUUCAAAGGAAGUUAGAGAAAGAAAAAUAUCACACACAUCUAGCAGUAUUGUAUUUAGAGGCUGUUCUCAGGUUGAUGGAUACAAAUAAUGUUAAAAAGGAAGAAAUAGAUAUAGCGAGGUCCAAACUUAGACACAUGCUACAGAUAUCUAACUUGUACAGAGUUCAGCUCAUUUUAGGAAAGGCAAAAGAAAAAGAGAUGUAUGCAGAGUGUGCUAUACUCUAUGGCAAGCUGGAAGAGCAUGACAAAGCCCUUAGAAUUUUGGUCCAUAAGCUCAAAGACUAUGGGGCAGCAGAGAACUAUUGCCAGGUAAACUCUCAAGGCAAGGACUCCAUGUACAGGAAGAGAUUGUUCCACAUUUUACUUAGUGUUUACUUGGAUCCAUCCUAUGAGAGGAGAGAUACAUUAGUAGCACCAGCCAUUGCCUUGUUGAACAGUUCUGUGGCUGAGUUUGAUACAAUAAAGGUCUUACAACUUUUGCCUGAGACAUGGAGUGUUGGUUUACUGUCACAGUUUUUAACACGGGCUGUCAGAAUGAGCAUGCACAACUACAGAAUGACUCGCAUCCAGCGCAUGAUGGCUAGGGGAGAGAACCUUUCAGUUAAACAAACUUUUAUUGAGAUGCAGAGGGAUGCUAUAAUUUUAAAUGAUGAAAGGUUAUGCGCCGUGUGCAAUCGAGCCUUCAACGAUCCAUCCUUUGUUCGCUACCCCAACGGUGUGAUCACGCAUGUUCACUGUGCCAAAAACAAAUAUAUCUGCCCGGUGUCUGGGAAGCUUUUCAGUGCUGGACGCAGAUGACAACAGCUAGACUGAUAGAAGCUAGGAUACAAAGUUUGGUUAUUUUGUAGUAGAGAAACUGUUCUUCAUUGAUCAGAAUAGAAACAACUCUACUAAUAGAGUCUAGGAUAACAAGUUUGGUGGUAACGGAACUGUUCUUCAUUGAUUAGAGUGUGGACCCAGCGCAAGGCCAUUUCAAACCCAUUAAAUUUUCAUGCUAUAUAGUACUUUGAAUUACAUAUACAUACAGUUGUUUACUUUUAAAACAGUAAACAUUUAACAGGUUUACAGUAGAGAUUGGAUACUAAAAUAUAGCCAAGAUUUUCAUUAUGGUAUAUUUCUUUCAUUAUUUUAGAAUUUCUUUGUUUAUUUUAUUAAUUAAUUUUAGAAAGUAUUCUACUGUACUUUUUAAAAAUAUGCCUCUAACAGAUAAAAGUCAGGAGUAACGUAUAUCAAAACUUUGUAUUUUAAACAGUAUGCCUAUUAAUUUCACUACAAAGUAUAUUUUUACCUA